AGCUUCCCACCUCCGCGAAACAUCAUCAUGAAGGUCUCUACGCUUCUCGGUCUAUUGCCCACUGCGGCUCUCGCACACGACCUUCUAAGUGUGGCAUUCUUUGCGAAAGAGAAGACCCAACUGCUGGAGUUCGUCUCAGACAACAACCAUAUUGACUAUGGCUGCCGUCCUGUGGUCGUUCCCACCAAGGGUGAGCACAAGCUUCACGCUAUGCUCACUGAGGAGGAGCUUUACCACUACAGGAGGAGCCUUGACGCUGAUAUCAUCCGUGUUGAGGCGCUCGACCACCUGAACAAACGUCAGAUUGCGACAGCGCCCAUUGGAAAAGGCGACCGCUUCAAGGGUGGCAAGGUCGCUCCUCGUGGUCUGGGUAGUCAAAAGCCGGAUGUAUAUGGCUCAUACCAGAGUGCUGGUAUCUUGAAUGCCGACGAAGUCUACACAGCUCUGAAGGGCUUGGAGAAAGAGUACGGCCUGGAAUUGUUUAGGGCUCCUUACACGACUUUCGAAGGGAACACAGUCUGGGGCGGCGUAGCCAACAAGGCUGAGAAGAUCAAGAAGGACAAGCAGCACAUCUACUUCACCUCCGGUAUCCACGCCCGCGAGCGUGGUGGGCCAGACAACCUGAUCUACUUCAUCUCCGAUCUGCUAUACGCCAAUAAGCACCGUAAAGGCCUGACCUACGGCAACAAGACCUACACCAACUCCGAUGUGAAGAAGGCCCUUGGCGCUGGAAUUGUCUUUAUCCCCAUGACUAACCCCGACGGCGUUCGUCAUGACCAGGCCAACAGUAACCUCUGGCGCAAGAACCGCAACCCUGCUUCAGCGAUCGCCGGAAACAACGCCAGCGUGGGCGUAGAUCUCAACAGGAACUUCGACUUCUUGUGGAACUUUACCAAACACUUUGAUCCCUCGACUUCUCCUGCAUCCACCAACCCCGCCUCCCAGGCUUUCUACGGUACUGGGCCUUUCUCAGAGCCGGAGACCCGCAACAUGAAGUGGGUAUAUGAUAUAUUUCCCAAGAUCCGCUGGUUCAUCGAUGUGCAUUCUGCAGCAGGCACACUUUUGUACUCCUGGGGUGACGACAUCAACCAGUCCAACGAUCCUAAGCAGAGUCAGUUUAACCCUGCUUACGACGGCGUGCGCGGUAUUGUGAACGACACUCUGUACGGUGAGUUCAUCGAAGAGGAGGACUGGUACAAUAUUGAAAUGCAGGCAAACAAGACUACUGCUGCCAUGGAAGCUGUUGGGGGCCGCUCAUAUGUACCUCAGCAGGCUGUUGGUCUUUACCCCACGAGUGGUGCAUCUGAUGACUGGGCGUCUAGCCGCUGGUAUGGAAACAAGAAGCUGAACAAGGUCCAUGGGUACACUUUGGAGUUCGGAUACCCUACAAACUUUUACCCGACCGCGGAAGAGUAUAUCCAGAACAUCAUCGACACCAACGCGGGAUUUUUGGAGUUCAUUCUCACCGCCGACGAGAUUGGUUUGAAGUGAACAGCGAAAUGCAAAAAAAGAGUGACGAUGUGAUGAGACACGAGGCGAUGAAGCUGUAGAAGUAAUUGUAGAUGUCAAACUACUACUCAAAAAGCAAAUGGGCAUCUCCAAACUCCUAGGCAACUCCAAGCUGGAC